AUGGCCGACGCAGAUACUUCAGAUCUCGGCGACCGCGCCGCCCAGGCCGCCAACGAAUUCUUCGGCGAAAUCUUCGGUAUGGUCGAACUUGCUUUCCGCCGCUUCUUCAAGAACCUGUACAACUCGUUCGCCGAAGUCAGCAUGUCGCGCUGGACGAAGGUCAUCGGCAGUGUGAUUUUCUACUUGCUGGUCCGGCCGUACGUGGAGAAGUUCUUCAAGUACCUGCACGACCGCGAGCGCCGCAAGGAGAAGGAGAAGAAGGACGCUGAAAAGGCCAAACUGGGCGGAAAGAAGGCCAAAAUGUCUGCCAACUCGCUGCGCGGCGGUGACAAGGGCAAGGUUCUCGGUGAGGUUGAGAACACGGAUGAUGAGCUUGAGGACGAUGAGGAGGAUGACCUUGCUGAGGCUAGUGGUGUUCCGGAAUGGAACAAGAUGGCACGCAGGCGUCAAAAGAAGUACAUCAAGAAUAUGCAGAAGAAGGAGGGUCCGAAGGCUGAGAAGUUCACUGAGGAGGAGAUCCUGGAAUUGCUGGACUGGAGUGAGUCUGAGGAUGAGAAGAAGUCGAAAUAG